CAAAGAAAAAUCAUUAUCGGACCUCGUGAAAGCUUGGUUGACUUGGUCAAAGGGUCGGGUUUUGCUCAAACCCAUGACCCAUCAUGCCAUGAAUAUGAGAGCAAGGCCUUGCAGCAGUUCAAGCAUAAUUUUGUCAUCGACAAGUUUGCUUCAGUUGACCCUUCUGCUUCUCCAAAAUUUGAUUCAUGGAAGCUACUUGAUGGAAAGAGCAAUGGUUGCUGCUCAUGGGAUGGCAUCGAGUGUGACUACGACACUGGUCAUGUGAUUGGCCUUGACCUCAGUAGUAGCUUUCUCCAUGGUUCUAUCAACUCCAACAGUAGCCUAUUCACCCUUGUCCACCUUCGUAGCCUAAACCUUGCCGAUAAUGACUUUAAUUUCUCCGAAAUACCAUCCAGAAUUGGACAUCUUUCGAGGCUGACAAGUCUCAAUCUAUCCAAAUCUGAAUUUUUCGGUCAGAUUCCUUCAGAAAUCUCAUCUCUUUCCAAAUUGGUUAUCCUCGAUCUGACUUCAGAAUUUGAUUUGUAUUCUGAAAGUCAAUUGAAACUUGAAAAAUUCAGUCUAAGAGAUCUAGUUCAAAACCUAACCAACUUGAAAGUACUUGACCUUUCUAAGGUGAACAUAUCUUCUUCCGUGCCACGUGUAUUGUCAAAUAUAUCCUCUCUAACAACUCUUCAUCUUCCAGGAUGUUCGUUGUAUGGGGAAUUUCCAAAGGACAUUUUUCAUCUACCAAAACUGCAGAUCCUUAAUGCAAAAUCGAACAAAAUUCUCACCGGCUCUCUACCUGAAUUUGAAAGUAGUAGUCGCCUUAAGGAAUUUGAAUUCUCGGGCACGGGCUUCUAUGGUAAGCUCCCAGAUUCAAUUGGUAGACUUGAAUCCUUACGUUUUUUGGGAUUGGGUCAAACUAGUUUAUCUGGGACGCUUCCAACUUCACUUGGCAAUCUAACCCGGCUCACUUUCCUCUACCUUUAUGAUUGCAAGUUUAGUGGCCAGAUUCCUAGAUCAAUCACUCAACUCAAGCAUCUUGAUUUUCUGAUUCUUCAUUCUAAUAGCUUCACUGGUAUUGUCGAGCUAGACAUGUUUAUGAAACUCCCAAACCUGGUCUCGUUGCAAUUAGGGAGAAACAAUCUUACAGUGCUCGACAAAAAUAGUACCAAUGGUACUCUUCCAAAGCUUGCUAUUCUAGGAUUGGCGUCGUGCAACUUAGUCAAGUUCCCUAGCAUUCUAAGAUUUCAAGAUGAAUUGCAGUUGUUAAAUAUUAACAAUAACAAAAUUCGAGGCGAAAUACCAACUUGGGUAUGGAACUCAAGUAAAGAAACAAUGGAAUAUGUCGAUUUUGGCCAGAACUUUCUGACAGGUUUCGAGCAGAAGCCAGCUGUCAUCCCAUGGCGUUUUUUAAUAGUUUUCAACCUCGGCUCUAACAAGCUUCAAGGAUUGCUUCCCGUUCCACCACCAAGCACUGUUAUUUAUGACGCCAGCAAUAACGCAUUGACGGGAGCAAUUCCACCAUCAAUAUGCCACAAUAAUUCUCUUCAAAUCCUUGAAUUGUCCAAUAACAAUUUAAAUGGCAGCAUACCUCCAUGUUUGGCCAGUUCCAGCAAAGAUCUUCUCAUUUUGAAUCUAAGUUGCAAUAGUUUCCAUGGAAGUAUUCCUUCAACAUUCACAAUGAAUAGCCAAUUGGUGAUGAUUGAUUUAGGGCAAAAUCAACUACAGGGGCUGGUGCCAAGAUCAUUGGCAAAUUGUGCAAUGCUGGAGUGUCUCAUUCUUCAAAAUAACCAAAUUGAGGAUACUUUCCCCUCUUGGUUGGGAGCUCUUCCUAAGUUAGAGCUUCUUAUUUUGGGAUCAAACAAAUUCCACGACAUUAUUGGGGAUCCCAAAAACAAUUCAAUGUUUCCAAAGUUGCGGAUAAUUGACCUCUCUUGCAAUGGCUUUUCAGGUAAUUUGCCAACAGAAUACAUUCAUAAUUGGAAUGGAAUGAAAAUGAUCAACAAAGAGAAUUUGACAUAUAUGCGUUCAAAUCCUGAAAUUCAAUUCGAUGUACGUGCCGGUCCAACAACUCAUAUGACAAUAUCCUAUUCAGAUGUGUGGAGCUAUAAUUACUCAAUGAGAGUGGUCAGCAAAGGGAUAGACAGGUUAUACGAGAGGAUUCAAAGUGCCUUGGUGGUUGUUGAUCUCUCAAACAACUCAUUCUUUGGGGUUAUCCCAGAAUCCCUUGGAAGUCUCCAUGGGCUUCAAUUGCUAAACCUCUCCAACAACAAACUUACUGGCACUAUCCCCACAGCGUUGGCAAAAUUGACAGCAUUGGAGUCAUUGGACCUAUCUCAAAAUCUGCUCUUAGGUCACAUCCCCUGGCAACUGACCCAACUCACUUUCCUUUCCAUCUUUAAUGUUUCUCAUAAUCGACUCACUGGCCCUAUACCUCAAGGGAAACAAUUUGAUACGUUCGACAAUAGUUCGUAUGAUGGGAAUUUGGGAUUGUGUGGUGUCCCGUUGUCGAAGUCAUGCAGAAAUUCAAUGGCCUCACCACCACCUCCACCUAUAUUUCGAGGUCAUGACGUUGAGUUUUCGAGUUGUAUUUAUUGGAUGGUCAUAGCCUUGGGAUAUGGAAGUGGGCUGGUAGUUGGGUUGGUUAUUGGGACAACUCUAACGAGGAGGUAUCACGAAUGGUUUGUCGACUCCUUCGGGAGGGGGAAGAAAUUUCAGAAGAAGAAAAAAAGCAAGGGCCGAAGAACCUAAUUAUUGUCGGCAAUGAAAUUGUGGGUUCUUUCUUCAGUACUACUUUUGUGCUUGUGCUCCCAUCUUGGCUAGAGGUUAUGUUAAAUAAAAGGGUCAGGUGUUAAGGAUAUGCAGGUUUUAGCAGCAGAAUACUAGCGGUGUUGUCAUGUUUCUAGAGUGCACAAGAGAGAUCUUCCUGGAGCUUUUGUUCUUGCUCAUUCUGUUGCUACAAGCAGUGUUAACAUGUAUUUCCUUCUUUUUUUUUUGGCUCGGCAACAUGUAUUUCUUCAUAUUGCAGUUUCGUCUUUCUAUUACUUGUGGUCUUGUCGCUUAUC